UGGUUGAUGAGUUAGCCCAAUACCUCUCCAUCCUCGACCCAUCUUCAUAUUUCGCAUUCCCGCCACCCAAAAUAUCUAGGGCAAAUUCCUUUCCAGUUUGAUCCAGAAACCAAAUUCCAAUUACUCUCUUACAAUGCCCACGCUAUCUUGGAGACACCAUACCCUCAUUCAGUCGCUACUCUCUCGUGGACCGCUUAAGGAAGAUGAUUUCCACGCCAUCUUCUCCCAUGUCACCGGGAAACCCCCAGGUGCACACCAGCAGCUCUUCAAUGAAUAUCUUCGAAAUAUAAACUUGGAGCUAGGGUAUGUUCAGUUUGAGUUGCGCGCAUGCAGAAAUCAAUAUGAUGGCAAUGUGUAUUAUGGGGUGGUUAAUAAUAUUUCAGAUGACCAGUCCAAGCUUGGGACGAAAUAUACUGUUCCUCAGAUUGCUUUCUACAAGGGCAUUGUAGAAGUCAUCAUUCAAGAUGUAGAGGCCCAGGGCAGCAUUUCCAAUAUCCAAGCUCUAAAUAUCCGUAUGGAGAACCAGGUUCCCAGGGGUACUGAUUCACAGUCACAGGGGGGUCAAACCCAUGUCCCACCUGCAUUCAGGAACUUCUCCAUGGCCCAAAAGGAAAAAACGCUUGAACAACUGAUGCAGGAUAAGUGGCUGUGUUUGACACUAGAUGAAAAAAUUGGACUUGGAGUUAGAUCCUUUCUUGAUCUCCGAAGUUGGUUCCGUACUAAUGAGGUUCCUGCAUGCGAAGUUUGCAAUGAGGCUGCAGUUAAGGCUCAACUUUGCCCUAAUGAAGGUUGUAAUGUUAGAAUGCAUCUAUACUGUCUGAAAAAGAAAUAUUCACGAAAGCAGGUCGAAAGAUUUUGUCCUGGAUGUGGGACAAAAUGGCCUGGUUCAGCAGUCAAAGCAGAAGCUGUAGAAGAAGAGAAUGAUCCAAAUCUUACUUCUCAGAACCCACAGCUUCCAGGACCUUCCGUGAGAACAAAGCGUAGGAUCCGAGAAGUUGGCAACAAUAAUGCAGAAUCUGACUCUUGUCCAGUAUCUGCAUCACUUCAAGAGACGAAGAGAGUCACUCGAAAUUCUGCCCGGCUGAAGAGUUUCAGAUAAUGUAUCUGCAGUUUAUAUUUGAUUUUGUCCUUUCAUUCCUAGGAUAAACCUUGUCAAUAUGUUGUUUAUAUUUUGAUCCUGUCCCUUAAUUCCUAGGAUAAAACGUUGUCAAAUUGUUCUUGCUUUGCAUGGUGACUUAUGGAUGUGCCUUCAACUGUAGUUUUGAAAGUCUUGGCAAAUUAUUGGCUGUAGAUAGUAUCUCAGGUCUGUAUCAAGUACUUUAUUGUGAGUUUAUAUAUUUUCAGUUAUCCCAGGUGAA